CCUUGUUUUACUAUAAUGCGGAUGGAUGUAGUUACAACUGCUUCAAGAGCACUUUCGAAAUGUCACCUUUUACGAAAAUGGUGUUGCCAAACAGACGAAGUUAUGCAAGCUGAACAUGUUACCCAGCACUCUCCACCACGGGAACUAUUGCAAAAAAUCGGGUUACCUGAAAAAAUUGACAAAAUGGCCGACGCAAGCAUGGCUAAAGAAGACAGUAUAGAGAAAAUACCAUUUAGCAAAAAACAGGUGAAGUUGGCUGUGUCUGCAUUAUUGGCUCAUCUUGAUGACCAGUCUUCCAAAAAAGCACGUAAAAAUGAGUUAUUUAAAAAAGAUGACGACUUAUGGUUAUUAUUAGGAUUCAGGAAAAUUCCACAGGUAAACUUGAAGCCUAAAAAAAUACCUCUACCUCACACACUCCACCAAGAAAGCGAUAUUUGUUUAAUAUCAAAAGAACCUGGCAAAGUUAUGAGAGAAAAGUUGGCAGAGAAAAAUGUCACAUGCAUAAAAAAGGCGAUAAGUCUAACCAAGUUACGAAAAGAAUACAAAACAUACACGCUGAAAAGACAACUCGCCAAUUCGUAUGAUUUGUUUUUGUGUGAUGAGCGCAUAUAUGCUUUGGUGGUGAGAUCGUUCGGAAAAGAAUUUUUCAAGCGUAGAAAAGAACCGGUACCUGUUCGUUUGACUUAUCAAGACUGGAAUGCAGAGUUCUCAAAAUCCACUAAUAGCACACUCCUACGGAUGGGAUAUGGUCCCUGCAGUGCGAUCAAAGUUGGACAUUUAUCAGAGCAAUCGGUCAAAGAAUUAACGGAGAAUGUGAUCCAUGCUAUGAAAGUGUCUGCCGCCAAAGUUCCAGGUUCUUGGAAAAACGUCAAAAGUUUCCAUAUCAAAUCAUCGUCAUCGGUGGCUUUGCCCGUCUAUCAGACGUCACCGCUAAGCACAGUGCAAAUCGACGAAAUACCUGACGACCAGCCUGUGGAGAAAAAGAGAAAGCGAAAAUUAAAAACAAUCACAAGCAGUGAUGAGGCGAAAGUCAAAAAUGGUGGCGUUGAAGAAACAGUGCAGGGUGGCGUUGAAGAAAAAGUAGAGGUUCCUGUUACAAAGAAAUCCAAAAAAGCUUCAAAAGAAAACGAGCCAAACUUGGAAGAAAUAAAAAUCCGUAAAUCGAGUAGAACACCGUCAAAAUCCGACAAGACGCCGGUAAAAUCAGUCAAAUCAUCGUCGAAAUCAGGAAAAACGCCAUCAAAAACCACGAAAACACCUUCGAAACCAGUUAAAACACCGUUGAAACCAGUUAAAACACCGUUAAAAUCCAGAAAGGUGAUAACAUGAUGUGUCACACUAUGACAGUUUCCUUUAAAGUAUUUUAUUUCCAAAUACUACUGUAUGACAUUUUGAAUAACAAUAAAGAAUACAAUUUU